CAUAACCUCAAAGAACAUUAUGAUACUUACGAACAUCGCUAAACAAAUAGUGCGAACGAUGUCGACAUUUCGCUUGGCGUUGGUACAACUUCAAGUAAAUGAAGUAAAAAGCAAAAAUGUAGAGCGGGCAGUUUCCUACAUUUCCAGCGCGAAAGAGCAUAAUGCUGAUAUUAUCGCUCUUCCUGAAUGCUUUAAUUCACCAUAUGGAAUACAAUAUUUUCCAAAAUACGCCGAGAGUAUUCCUGAUGGUGAAACGAGCGUUGCUUUGUCGAAGGCAGCUAGAGAAAACAGCAUUUAUGUAGUUGGUGGUACGAUACCUGAAAUAGAGGGCGAUAAAUUGUACAAUACCUGCUGUACUAUUUGGGGUCCCGAUGGAACUUUGAUAGCAAAACACCGGAAGGUACAUCUAUUCGACAUCGACAUUCCCAACAAGAUUACUUUCCGAGAGAGUGAUUCACUCAGUCCUGGUAAUUCCCUAACAAUGUUUGAUGCGAAGGGCUGGAAAAUAGGUAUUGGCAUUUGCUAUGAUAUCAGAUUCGAGGAAAUGGCACGCAUUUAUCGGAACAAAGGUUGCCAAAUGCUGAUAUAUCCGGCGGCAUUCAAUAUGACCACUGGACCACUGCACUGGUCAUUACUUCAGCGUUCCAGAGCGAAUGACAAUCAAUUAUACGUCGCCUGUAUAUCACCGGCUCGUGUUCCUUCAGCAAGUUAUGUCGCAUGGGGACAUACACAGUUGACAAAUCUCUGGGGGAAAAUCCUUUACGAUUUGGAAAUUCAGGAAAAUAUGGUGGUCACCGAUAUCGCCAGAGGUUUUCCCUGAUGUUUUUCCUCCCUACUGUCUGAGUCAUCAGGUUUGCAGCUCGGGGAGGAUAAUUCGGAAUUUCCCAAACGAAGGAGAGGUGCCGUCCGAGCCAUAAAGGGACGGUCACUCAAAAUGCCGAAUAGAUUCAUUUAAAUAAUUAUGAGAAACAAGUAAGUUUUGUAACCACAAGUUUUCAAAUGUUAUAGUUUGAAUCUGUUCUUAUAAUUUUAAAAAGACCUUACAGCCAGGAUCUCUAAA